AUGGGCAAGCUGGAUGGCAAGGUUGUGGUCGUAACCGGUGCCAGCCGGGGCAUAGGGGCGGAAAUUUCAAUCCGCUUUGCUUCAGAGGGCGGAAGCAUUGUCUGCGCGGCUCGGACGCUCAGGGAAGGCGACCACCCCUUGGAGGGUUCUCUGGAAAAGACGGUGGCCGAUAUUCGCGAGGCUGGUGGUGAAGCUACUGCGGUGGCGGUCAACCUGGCCCGACCGGAAGAGUGUGAGAGCCUGUUGGUGGAAGCACAGGACAUCUACGGGCCCGUGGAUGUGCUGGUCAACAAUGCCGCGCUAACCUAUUUCAUCCCCGUAAAGGACUUCGCCGUCAGCCGGUGGAUACGGUCCUGGGAGGUCAACUUUCACGCACCAUUUAUCCUAAGCAAGACGGUGUUGGGUCAGAUGAUCCCCCGCGGUUCCGGCAGCAUAAUCAACAUUUCUUCCGGCGCCGCCGUCGGACCGGGCCGUGGGCCCUACGAAGAUAAUCCGGGGCUGGCCGGUGGCACUUGCUACGGCGCGGAAAAGGCGGCCCUGGAGCGAUUUACCCAGGGACUGGCCAGCGAGGUAUACCAGUUUGGCAUCUCGGUAACGUGUCUUUCCCCUUCAUUGGUGGUACCCACUCCUGGAACGGUCUACCACAACCUGGUCACCGGAAUGGAUGACCCCAAGGGAGAGCCACCUUCCAUGAUGGCCGACGCCGCCUUGCUGCUGGCCACUGAGCCCCUCGAUUUCGUGACCGGCAGGGUAACCUACAGCCAGCAAAUUCUGAAGGAAUUUGGCUGGAUUACCGAAGGUCAGGGUCGGGGAGUAACGCUGCCAGGGACUGGGUUCAGUGAGAUUUAAAGGGGUAGUGGUCACGGACGGCGUUGGGCU